AUGUUGGGACGUUGGGGACGUUGGGGACGUUGGGACGUUGGGGACGUUGGGGACGUUGGGACGUUGGGGACGUUGGGACGUUGGGGACGUUGUGACGUCGAGACGUUGGGGCGUUUGAAGGUCGAUUUGAUGUUUAAUAAGACGUGUACGUCAAGUCUUGGCAUCAGUGGCGAGUCAUACAUGGCUGAGAAAAAGAAAACCCCCAGUAUUGAGAAACGGCGUCUUGUGGAAGAAUUGCAUGCUCCGGCGAGAAGACAUUUUCCCCGAAGACGCGUCAUAGUACAUGGAUACGACGAUCUAUGGCAAGCGGACGUGGUCGAGAUGCGUCCUUACACGCGGUAUAACAGAGGCUUCCAUUACAUACUCACUGUUAUCGAUGUGCUGAGUAAGCAUGCGUGGGCUAUACCCCUCAAAACCAAGAAUGGAACUGAGGUUUCUACUGCGAUCGGGAAGAUAAUCCGAGACGGCGGAAGGUAUCCGAAAAAUUUGCAGACCGACAAAGGAAAGGAAUUUUACAACGCAAAUGUGCAAAAACUUUUGUCAAAAUACAACAUAAAUCAUUAUUCAACGUAUUCAGUGAUGAAAGCAUCAGUCGUUGAGCGGUUUAAUCGUACGCUCAAAAACAACAUGUGGAAAAUGUUUACCCUUAAUGGAAAUUACAAAUGGAUCGACUCGAUUCAACAUCUCGUAUCAAAGUACAACGCGCGAAAGCAUCGAACUAUUGGUAUGCGACCAAUUGACGUUACACCAACAAACGCCGCUAAGCUCUUAACAACGGUGUAUAGUCAUGUAAAGAUUGCCGCUCCCGCACGAUUCAAAGUGGGAGAUGCGGUACGCGUGAGCAAAUUUAAGACAAUUUUUGAAAAAGGUUACACACCGAAUUGGAGCACUGAAAUAUUUACAAUCGCCGAGGUACAGAAAACUAAUCCUGCAACGUAUCUGCUGAAAGAUGCUUAUGAAAAACCAAUUGCCGGAGGAUUCUACGAACACGAGUUGCAACGAGUUGCUAAUUCCGACGUGUAUCUGGUUGAAAAAGUAUUACGUAAGAAGGGGAACAGUGUGUACGUAAAAUGGCUAGGACUCAAUAACUCGCACAAUUCAUGGAUCCAUAAAAGUAAUGUUUUAUAA